AUGGAGAACUACUUUAGAGUGCUAGGCCUCACCCGCGGCUGCGACGAGGCGGCGCUAAAGAAGGCGUACCACCAGAAGGCACUUGCACUGCACCCCGACCGCAACCCCGGCGGCGCGGAACAGUUCAAGCGCGUCAACGAGGCGUACGAGGCUAUCCGCACACACUUCCGCCGCAACGGCGGCCAUGACUCAGCAGGUGUUCAGGCCGCCCCGGGCGGUGGCGGCGCGCGGACGAGCGGACGCACCGCCACAACCUUCACCUUCAACACGUACUACACCAACGCGGGCACCGGCUUCCAGUACGCGCGACGGGCCCACUUCGCGGAGGAGCCGCCGCAUCUCUUCACGGAGGAGGAACUCUUCGGCGAGCCGCCCGGUGGUUUCACAUACGAGAAGCGCUACCCGAGGGCGAGGUCCACCACAAAGCCCGGCGAGACUGCCAACAACAACAACAACAACAGCAGCAAGAACAAUAAUAACAACUACAGCAGCAGUGGGAACGCCAAGUUCGCCAAGGCAGCAGGGCCUGGGGUCCGAUUCACUACUACGCAGAUGUAUGAACAAGCGGAUGAGCGGUGGCGCCGUGCACACGGCGAUCGNGUGCCCGUCAGUGGCUACUCGAUGCAGGGUGGUGGGGGUGCCGCCCCGCCACCGUAUCAACAGUCACAGCAACAGCCACAACAAGCGCAAGCAAAGCCGUCGCCGGCCUCCAAUUCUUUUUCGGCUGACGUGAGCGACGGCACAUGGAAUCGCCAAGGGAAUGGUAACGGCAGCGCCAACACCAAUAGCAGCCCGUCUAGGAGGCAGCGUCAGCAGCAGCAGCAGCAGCAGCACCGAGCAAGUAGCGGCAAGAGCAACAACAGCUUCUUCGCCAAUGAUAUCAACAGAAACAAUAUGGGCAAUACUGGCCACGAUGAGGCUGAUGACGAUGACGAUGAUGGUGCAGCCUACAACGCCGGCAUGUCUUCUUCUCCAGAGUCCCAUGCGUCAGUGGAUGACAUCCUCAACGAAUUUGAGAUGCAGCAGACCCUUCACGAGGUGCGCCGUGAGUGGGAGCGUCUGAAGAAGGACUUAGACCGCAAGAUGACACGGUCGACGCCAUCGCCGGAACGCAUGCGGCGCGACAGGGGGAACAAGUUUGUCGACGACGACGACGAGGACAACUACGUUGUGCACCGCCGCCCAGAGCCGCCACACAGGGAGGAGACACAACACUACCACCGUCGCGAACAGCAGCGGCUUGACGAGGCACAUAUGCGUAGUAUUCUUGAGGAGAAGUUGCAGCUCAAGAAGGUCCUCUUCACGCAGCGCUACACGCCGGAUCCGGCCGAUGUUGCACUAAUGAGCGACAGCGAGGUGUAUGUGCUGUGCGAGCUGCUGCACGAGGUGGAGCAGCGCAUGCGUCGAGUCCUGAGCGGCCGCAUGGUGAAGGGGCUCUGCAGCAGAUGCUCGGCCGCUGCAAAGAUACAGGACGGCAGGAUUUUCACGUGUGGCCACACAUCUGUCUGCGCAGACUGUGCGGUGACGAGUGGCAUAUGUCCUGUGUGUGCCGCUACGCGCCGCUGA